GCCCGAGGAUAUUCGACCUCCAUGGAUCCGCAUCCGGAUAGAACAAUUGGGCCUGUUAUGGUUUCACCGGCUUGAGGGACACGUCCCAGAGUCGUGGUGGGAGGUUUGCAAGGACGAUGAGGUGAAGUGGGACUGCGUCUUGUGGUGGUAUAAGAGGGCGAAACGCAUGAAUGACCGGCGGAGGCAGAAGCGUGCCGAGAUGGAGGUUAGAGCCAACUCUGGAAUGGGAGCUGCGCUUGCCCCCGCGGCUUGGUUGGUUUCACGUAUUGCUUUCCGACGAUGCAAUUAAUUCCGCGACGUUAAGUUCGAAUCGGGAUGUAGAGUUGGUCGAGAACACGAACCCCGCACGCAGGGUGGGGGAUCUUUACUAUGUACUGCACAACAGUGCAGCCCUGAGUUGUUUGUUAGCGCGGAACUAUUUGUUACGCCUCAUCUUCGUUCACUUCGACCUUGUUAUAUUCUUCCAAUGCUUUAUUUCCUUUUCUUCCUCUUCUUCAUCUCCAUCUCUCACUCUUCCCUCUUCUCUUAUCUUUUCUUAACCUUCCGUUACUUUUCCUCUCUUCCCUGUUCACAUACGUUGCUUAGUUUUCUUUUAACCCAUUCACGUCUAGUGCCCUGCCCAGUACCAUGCUACCGAACACACCAAGGCUAGAUUGUACACUAAGCGGGGCCUUUGAAGGAUCUCCGCAACUAUC